UUCAUGAAAGGGAGUGAGUCUGUGGACAUGGAGGUGAUGCUGAAUGCAGUGCAGGCACAGAGCCAGGGAGAGACAGAGAGGAUCCUCCUCAGACAGAGCCCUAUGCCCUGGGAGACUCACAGCUUCUAUGAUGGCAGAGAUCUCCACAAGAGCGAGGUAAUCCUGGUGCAGGUGAACCCAGGUGAGGCCUUCACUAUACGGCGAGAGGAUGGUCAGUUUCAGUGUAUCACAGGCCCUGCUCAGGUUCCCAUGAUGUCCCCUAAUGGUUCAGUGCCUCCAAUAUAUGUUCCUCCUGGAUACGUUUCACAGAUCAUAGAGGAGAAUGGAGUUCGACGUGUUCUGGUCUUACCUCAGCAGCCAGAGUUCCACCCUGGGGGCCACUCCCCCCUGCACCACCCCCCUCCUCCACCCCACGCCCACCUGCCCGCCUUCAUCCCCCACCCCGCCAUGUUGCCCCCCCCACCCCACCUCUACACAGGCAUGGCGGGGGACAUGAGCUCCCAGUAUAUACCACAGUACCACCCGGCACACAUUUACUCAGAGCAGGUCUCGGCAGAUUCUCAUUCCCCACACGGACGCCCGCCGCCGUUCGUUCACCGCGACGAAAGGGCCAGCAAGACCUACGAGCGUCUGCAGAAGAAGCUCAAGGAGCGGCAAGGUGGAGAGAGAGGAGGAGGAGGUCAGAUGAAGGACAGCCCCCCUCCCUCGCCACAGAAGAGUCGAAGCAGCCCCCCCUCCAUGGACAGUAUCUACAAUGGAGUGGUUGGAGGAGGGAAGGGGCUGGAGGCUGAACUGGGACAGGGACAGACCAGCACCACCGCCAAGCAGAUGGAGAAAGAACCUGGAGACAUGGAUAAAGAGGCUCAGCUCCUACAGGCCCUGUUGAACACUGUCAGUAAACCAGUGGUGACAGACAUCCAGGCCAAAGGGGCAGUGUUGAGCUGGGUGGCCCCCAGCAGGGCAGAGGGAGAGGGGGUCAGCCAAUCCCCGGAGCCUCUCAGUUACGAUGUGUCCAUCUCCUACAGCGGCAAGGACGGGAAGUACACCAGCAUGUACAGUGGUGAACAACUAAGUGUAACUUUAGAAGACCUGAGGCCAGCAACAGACUACCACGUCAGGGUCGUGUGUUCAGGGCAGUGUUUACGUGGCACUCCGUCGGAGGCAGUAGCCUUCACCACUCGGAGCUGCGAACCAGACCCCCCCGGCCCCCCCAGAAAGGCCAGUGGCUCCAAGAGCAGCACCCUCGUCCUUCAGUGGAAGGCCCCGUGUGACAACGGCUCCAAAAUCCAGAACUACACGCUCCAGUGGGACGAGGGGAAGGGGACCGGGGGUUAUGAGCAGUGUUACUAUGGACCUCAGAAGCAGUAUCGGGUCACCAAGCUCUCUCCAGCUUCAAGAUACUCCUUCCGCCUCGCAGCCAAAAACGACAUGGGUACAAGUGAGUUCUCUGAGACAGUGGACCUGUAUACCUCGUGCAGCGUACCCUCCCCGCCCCUCCCUCCAGAGCUGGUGAAGGCAGGGGUGACCUGGUUGUGUCUGACCUGGCAGAGACCAUCCACUUCCCCCAAGGAGGACGAUAUCUUCUACAGCCUGGAGAUGGAUGAGGACGAGGUACGGGGUUAUGGCUUCCAACCCAGCUAUGAUGGUGAUGAGCUAUUGACUGAGAACCUGCACAGGAGCACCACGUCAAUGUUCAGGGUGGCAGCCUACAACACUGAGGGAAAGAGUAACCCCAGUCAGGUGGCAGAGUUCACUACCUGUCCAGACAGACCAGGAGGACCAUGUAGACCUGUCAUCAAAGGCAGGGUACUGCCCAAUUCCUUCAGACUGGCAUGGGAACCUCCUAAAGAUAAUGGAGGGGCGGAAGUAACCAAAUACGUGGUGGAGAUAUCUGAGGGACUAAGCGGUGUGUCGUGGGAGCUGGCGUACAGUGGUCCAGCCAUGGAACAUGUGUGUGAGGGGCUGAAGCCAGGCCACUCCUACCAGACCAGAGUUUACUGCAUGAGUGAGGGGGGGCAAAGCCCACUGUCAGAGACUCUGCAGAUCCAGACUCCCGCGGUGCCCCCGGGGCAGUGCCAGCCGCCCCGCGUGGUGGGCAAGCCCAAGGCCAGAGAGGUGCAGCUACGUUGGGGACCGCCGUGUGUGGGGGGUGGCAGCCCGGUGUCGGUCUACAGUGUGGAGGUGUGUGGCGCUGGUCCUCAGGGGUCAACGGGUCAAGAGGAGGUCAGGGAGGUGUACCAAGGUUCGGAGGUCGACUGCACCGUGGGUAGUCUGCUGCCGGGACGGACGUACAGCUUCCGCCUUCGGGCCGCCAACAAGGCUGGGUACGGACCCCUGUCAGAGCAUUGUGAGGUGACCAUGGGCCCCGGGGCUCCAGAGCCCUGCAAGGCCCCUCACAUCACCUGCAAGUCCCCUACUGUGGCUGUGGUCAGCUGGGAGGCUCCAGCAUGUAACGGGGGGGUCGUCUCAGAGUACCGUGUGGAGUGGGGGGCAGCGGAGGGCACCAUGCAGGUGUGUUUCAGCGGUGCCAGCCUCGCCCACGAGGUCAAGGGACUGCUGCCCGCCACCAACUACUUCUGCCGGGUUCAGGCUGAGACAGGGCUGGCAGCGUCCAUGCCCUCAAACAGGAAGGAUAUAACCACACUCCACUUUGACCAUGAGGAAGAGGAGGAGGAGGAGGAGGAAGAUGGACCCCCCACGCCUCCUCUCUACUCCCCCUCCACUUGUCUAGAGUUUGCUGUUGGUUGGGAGCCGCCGUGCGACCACGGGGCUGAGAUCACCUCCUACCUCAUAGACCUGGGAGAGAGACAGUCCAUCUCUGUCGGACCAGUCACCAAGUACAUCAUUCAGCAUCUGCAACCGGACACCAGCUACAGGAUUCGCAUCCAGGCUCUGAACAACCUCGGCUCAGGUCCGUUUAGCCACACCUUUAAGUUGAAGACCAAACCUCUCCCUCCCCAGCCCCCCCGGCUAGAGUGUACUGCGUUCAGCCACCAGACCCUCAGGCUGAAGUGGGGUGACGGACCGGCCAAGGCCACGCCCUCAGACGCCCUCCAGUACCAGCUGCAGACGGAGGACAAGAGAGGCAGGUUUGUCUCCUUGUACAGAGGGCCCUGCCACACUCACAAAGUCCAGCGACUCAAUGAGUGUACCUCGUACAUGUUCCGCAUCCAGGCCUUCAACGAGGCGGGCCAAGGUCCCUUCUCCACGGUUUACACCUUCACCACCCCCGCUCGCCCCCCGCCCCUAUUAAAGGUACCUCCCAGAGUGGAGCGUGUGGAGGACAUGUCUUCAGUCUGUGAGGUGAGCUGGGAGCCCCUGCUGCCCAUGAAGGGAGACCCCAUCAUCUACACGGUGCAAAGCAUGAUGGGUAACUCUGAGUACAAACAGGUGUAUAAAGGUUCUGCUACGACCUACCAGAUGCCCGGGCUGCAGCCCAACAGUGAGUACCGCUUCAGGGUGUGUGCCAUCCGCCAGUGCCAGGAUGCUCCAGAGCUGAGUGGUCCCUACAGCCCCACGGUGACGCUCUCCCCCCAGCGCAGUGAGCUGUCAGCGGGCAGUGUGAGCAGUGUGGGCCCCCGGGCUGGAGCUGACCCCGCCAGGCCCUUAACAGAUGAGCAGUGGGCUGCUCUCAUCAUCAUGCUCUGUGCAGUCAUCUCCAUCCUCAUCGCUUUCAUCAUCCAGUACUUUGUUAUCAAGUGAGCUUGUAUCUCCCUUGUCCUUCUCCUCCGCCUCCUCCUCCCCAGUUCCUCCCUUCCUUCUCCUCCGUCUCCUCCUCCCCAGUUCCUCCCUUCCUUCUCCUCCGUCUCCUCCUCCCCAGUUCCUCCCUUCCUCUCC